GGAGCGGCUGGGGGGCGGAAGUGCCGGGCGGCAGCCUCCCGAAGCCAGCGAACCGGCGGCGGCGGCAGGGCCGCUCCUCCUCCUCCUCCUUCCCGUGGCCCUGAGGGGAGUCGUGGCCCAGCCGCAGCGGCACAGCGAGCAACAGAAUGUCCGAAGGAGACAGCGUUGGAGAUUCUGUUCAUGGGAAGCCUUCUGUGGUGUUUAGAUUUUUCACAAGACUUGGACAGAUAUACCAGUCCUGGUUAGACAAAUCUACUCCUUAUACAGCUGUGCGAUGGGUUGUAACUUUGGGACUAAGUUUCAUCUACAUGAUUAGAGUUUAUCUAUUACAGGGUUGGUACAUUGUGACAUACGCCUUGGGAAUCUACCACCUCAAUCUUUUCAUAGCUUUUCUUUCGCCAAAGGUAGAUCCCUCCUUAAUGGAAGACUCAGAUGAAGGUCCUUCCUUACCAACAAAACAAAAUGAGGAAUUUCGUCCUUUCAUUCGAAGGCUUCCAGAAUUUAAAUUUUGGCACUCUGCCACAAAGGGCAUUCUUGUUGCUAUGAUCUGUACGUUUUUUGAUGCUUUCAAUGUCCCAGUGUUCUGGCCAAUCCUUGUGAUGUACUUUGUCAUGCUUUUCUGUAUCACCAUGAAGAGGCAAAUAAAGCAUAUGAUAAAAUACAGGUAUAUACCAUUCACACAUGGGAAGAGGAAAUACAAAGGGAAGGAAGACAUGGGGAAGACAUUUGCUAGUUAGAAUCUGAACUGACCCUGUUGCCACAUAAUCCGAGAAGAACCGUUUUGAGCCAUUGUAACAAUGCCUUUUUUCUUCAUAUAAAGUAGUUGAUUACGAGGGAGUCGAAAUUUUCUUUGUAAAAAGGAUCUUCAAUUAUUUGUAACUGAAAUGUCAGAGAGGUUCUUGAAGACGCUGGCAUUUAAACCAAAUUGCAUCGAGUUCAUUUUUCGGUUAUGUCACGUGUUUCAGUCUGAAGGGAUUCUGGUAGACUGCAACAGUAGCUGGACAGUCUUAUGUUAAGGUGACGGUUCUGCGUUGCCAUCACGCUCCGUUUGCAUGGCCCUCAAGUGCUUCGAGUGUGAGUGGGGAAGGAGGGAGGGAAGCAUGCUGGGAGCUGCUUUUUGCUUCCUAAGUGGUGCAGUGUUCCUGGGGAUGUCUCUAAGGCUUCCUCAGAUACAGUUGACAACCUUCAGUUGUCUGGGCACAUGCAUGAUAUUUGGGGGCCAUAAUCAAGUCAUUGAAUAGUAGAUCUGAUGAUAAAUUGAAUGCUGCCUUUUUCCUAAAGAACUUAACAUUUUAAAGGUGAUUUUCAAGUAACCGUGUAUGGGGAUCUAAUGCCAGUUUCCUAAUUGCAUCUUACUAAAGAUGUUUAAAGUUCGGCUCUUUUCAUAAUGACUCAAAACUUUGUUCUUAAUGACCAUGAUUUCUUUUGAGGGCCCUGAAUUAUAAAUAUAUAAAUAUAUAUAUUUUCAUUGUUUGAAAUUAUUUUGACACAUUUCUUUGAUACUUAAAGAAGUGGGGUUGGCUUUGUUUUGGGUUUUAUCUUAUUUGAUUUGAUUUUGGUUUCUGGAUUACCCUUUUUCCUUUAUUCAUCCCCUUCAGAACUCAACACAAAUGGCAGUAACAGACCAAUUUUGUGGGUUUUAACACAUAGCUUUUCAUUUUCUAUGGAAAAAAAAUAGAACUAUGACCUGCAUGUAAACUUUUUUGAUGUGAUAAAACAACUCUAAAAUUUUAUUAAGUGACUUUUUAAUUCCAGACUUUAUUAAAGAUAGUGUCCCCUUUCUUGUGUUAGUCUUUAUAUAAAGAACACUACAACUCAUCAUACACCAUAAGGAAACCCAGUUGGUAAAAGUAUUAAUUUUUUUCUGCAACUGAAUCAUUUCAAAUGACAGCUACAGAAAAAGUACAAAAUCUCUAGAUGAAUUGUCACUAUGAUACUAUAUGGCAGAGUGAAAAUGUAUUUGCUCCCAAAUAUUAGAACAAUGCAUAGAACAGACAUUUUGAGAGCUUUUUUAAUAGUAUCCUUUUAAUUGUAAAUGUCAAGAUUUGGGGUUUGUAUGGAGAAGAUCACUAUUACCCAAAUACUUAUAAGUGUUCAGUUGUGGGAUUUCUAGAAUCGAGGCUUAAACUUUUUUUUUUGUUCUACAUAAGAAAUUAUAGUAAAAGUACUUUUGAAAACUUCAGCCCUACAUGUGAAGUUCAUAUUUAAAUGAGUCAGAAUUGAGACUUUUUAAAAAAAACAAGCCAUUCUCUUAUCAUCUAUAAAUUUAUUUUCACAAGACAUUUCAAGUAUUUGAUAGUUAAUUCAUUGCCCUCUCUUGUAAAUUUUUUUUACAAAGCAAUGAGAUGUGGCAGCAUCAUAUUGCACCCUUAGUAAAAGUGAGAAUUUAAAGGAUUUUUAUAACUUUUAAAAUUACACAACAGUAUAAGCAUGUUUAAAACUUUUUUUAACACAACCUUAAAAAUCUGCCCUUAGUUAAGCUUAACCUGGCAAAAGUAAAGCCAUUUGAUUUAGCUUUUCCACUGGGCAAGUUUCUUUCAUGGUGCUUGUUUUCUGGGGAUGGUUAUUUAGAAGCUGGUCAUGUGUUUUCCCCACUCUGUUGGCAGGAACCCUUCUGUUUGGCUGGUAUUAAUAACUUUUCUCUGGUCUUAUAACCCGUUAUACUUGGACUUCUAAUCUGUGGGGUUCAUUUGGCCUGAAUUGAAACUUUUAACUGUUCCCUUCUGAACUAAAGGGUUGUUGCAGGCAGCUUUUAUCAGAAGUUAAUUGGGAAAUAGUUUGCAUUGGAAAGACAAAUUAUCUUCAUUUUGUAAGUCCCCUUUUCCUCUCUGGGCUUUCAACAUGCUGAUUGAGAGGGGCUGCUUUAGAACAUUUUUGAAGAUGUAAGGUAUAUUCUUUCCACUACAAAUUUAAAUUUGAGAAAGUCUUCUCUGUUGUACCUUUAAAAUGUCAUUUGUUAGGAGAGUUAUUCUUUGACCAAUAGCAAUUGUUACUACUAUUGAUGGAGUAGAAAAAUGUUAUUUUUCCAGAUUUGUGUGGAUUGAUAACAGUUUAUGAAUACAGGAAGUAGAGAUUAGAUGGACCAAAAGAAAGGGAUCUUCAAGAGUUUAUAAAAGGCAUUCUUAAUUUGGAUUGGGUUAAAGUCAGAGUCACUAUGACACCUUGCCAACAGGAGGUUCUGGAUUGGCUAACGUAGGCUUUUGUCAAGGUCUCUCCAUGUCUCUAACAUUGCAUGAUGAUGUCUGUGGAAAAGCCUCAUAGAAGCCAACAUCUUCAUUAACACUCACAAUCUGUGUAGCUCAUGAAUGUCUUCAUAAGUUGGCCUGACUUUGUGGGCAGGAAAAGAGCCCCUCCCCCAGAGGAGGCAGGCGGUAUCACCCACCAGAGGCAGGGAACUGAAUCACCAGCAAGAGCAUGAGCUUCUCCAGUAGCAGAAUAGAUACAUUUGGUCCAGUGGACUGAAGGGUGGGCUUUGUUUUGUUUUAUGGGAGAAUAACCUGACAUUUUCCUCAAAAAUACGUGCCAGUUUCGGAGCUUAGGCUGACAAAUAAGUCCUGGUACAUGGAUAGAAGUUUUCCUUCUACUUGUAGGGAAUGGUUUGGGCAGUUCUUCAACUUGGUGAUCAACCCCUGAAGCUGAACUGUUGCUCUUGGAUGAAUUAACAAGUUUUCUAAAUCAUUCAUUCAUGAAUAAACCUGAUAUUGAAAUUAUUAUAUCAUAAAAUCUACACAAACCUUUAUUGACUGCUUAGAAUGUAAAUUCAGAAGGAUCUGGUUUCAGCUGCACAUUAGUUGGGGGUUAAGGAAGAAAAUCUAAAACUUGGCUUUUUUUGAUAAGCACAGUGAGCCCUUUUCUGAAUAAGCCAAAUGUUCUCUGCUCAGAAACUGUUUUCAAAUGGCACAGGGAUUGGGGAAAGAAAUUAUAUGAUAGAGUGUUAUUUGUUCAAAAGAGUCAACUAAGUUAUCUCAGCCUAAUCAAAAAGAAAGAUGGACACAAACAUUUGGCAGUACAUGAGAUUCAGGGUGAAUUUUCUGAGGAAAAUGAGAGUUUGCCUUUGUGGGUAAUGUACAUGCAUACCUUCUGGAUGGACAAUGCAGUACCCCAAAGUUCUAGUUAUCAGGUUAGGCCUAGCUUUGCUUUGCACCUCCCCCCAAUAUCUGAGCAGUGGACAAAGUACCUUAUUGCAGUGAUUUCAAAACAAAAUACUUGAUAAUUUCAGUGCAGGUUAAGUCACCAUCAUAAUUCUGGAUAAAUUAAAAUGAACUCUGCUUUUGGUUCAUUAAUAAAGACAUGAUAUCUCGA